ACGAUUCCUCAAAUAUUACUUUUGAUACUCUGUUAGUGGUAUCAGAGCCUUUUUUUCUCUGAAAACAAGUUUGAUCCUGAAACCAUGGCCAACCAAAGCCCCUCAACAGACUCAAGCAAGACUACCAUCACCACUCCAGCAAUUGUUGCCGCUCCAACUGUUGGCAACCCAAACACCAAUUCAACCAAUGUCAUCACCUUCAACGUUGCUGUUCAGUUUCCAGUGAAACUCACUACUGAUAACUACUCAAGUUGGAGUAGGCAAUUUAUUUCACUGCUCAAAGUCUAUCGGUUGUACGAGUUCUUGCUGGGAAUGAGGCCAUGUCCACCUAUAGAUCCCACUCCAAACUCACCUUAUGAUGUUUGGGUGAGACAAGAUCAAUCCAUUCAACAUGCAAUUUUGACUUCAAUUGCUCAAUCAACAGUUAUUUCCUUGAUAAGGACGGUGGUAUUGAUUGAUACAAAACAUGUCUUGUGGCUAAAGGAUUUCACCAACGACCUGGGUCCGAUUACUUUAAUACCUUUAGCCUGUACCGAAAAGUUAGUUGAAUCAAUUAUUUCCUUAAUGGGUGCCACUUUCUCUAUCAAAGAUUUGGGUUGCCUCAAUUAUUUUCUUGGUGUGAAUGUUAUCUUUACCAAUGUUGGUCUCUUUUUGUCACAAGCUCAAUACAUCCGUGAGCUAUUGGCCAAGUUUGGCAUGAGUGAUGCUAAGCCUGUGCAAUCCCCAUUGUCCAUUGUCCUGUUGCAAUUACAUCAAGGGAAUCAGCUCUUUGAUGCUCAACCGUAUCGUCAACUUGUUGGUUCUUUGCAAUACCUUGCUCUUACUUGGCCGGAUAUCUCUUUUGCUGUUAACAAAUUAUCUCAGUUUCUUCAUGCUACGUCUGAUGUUCAUUGGCAAGCUACGAAGCGGAUUUUGCGGUAUCUUAAAGGUUCUUUAUUUCAUGGUCUUCUUCUCUGUCAACAACCGAUCUCUCCUUUGCAUGCUUUUUCUGAUUCAGAUUGGGCUGGUGACAAGGACACUUAUCAUUCUACAACUGGAUAUGUGGUGUUCCUCGGCAGUAAUCCCAUUUCUUGGCGAGCCUGCAAGCAAAGAACUAUUGCUCGUAGUUCCACCGAGGCAGAGUACUGUGCACUCACUGUUGCUUCUUCUGAAUUGGUUUGGCUUAAGCAUCUACUUCAUGAACUUGGCCAUCCUAUAUCUGAAUGUCCUACAAUUUACUGUGACAAUGUUGGAGCUACCCAUCUGAUUCUUUCGGAUGAUGCAGCUACUAAACACUGGGGGAAAUUACUGCAUACCAUUGUCACCCUUUCGUCACGGCCAGAACAAGAAAGAGUGGAGCAAGAAUCGAAACUGCUAGACGUUGCAGAAAAUGUAAGAUAUACUGUUGCCUUUGUUAAACUUUAUAAUGUUGGGAAGAAAGAGGAGGAUCCAUUGUUUACUGAUAUAAAAGAUCCAAAGCAAUUCUUGGUGGCUUCACUGGCAAGGCUUUCUUCUCUUUCCUCUGGGAGGUACGCACAGAUCAUCAGUGAACAUCUUGAGCCAAUGAAUCAAGCUGCUUUACUUCAGCACUAUCGCACUUAUAGUUGCUUUAUAGUUUGAUAUCUUGUCUCUUUUUUCAUUGGGCUUAAGAUAUAUAUAUAUAUUGUUCUCUGCUGUUUUCUUCAUUUUGUGUCCAAACAGAGAUUAAUCCUGCUUUAUGAUUCCUGUUAAAUGUUAUAAUUUAUAUACAUUGCUGAACCAACAACUUAUUAGUCUAAAUGAAAGGAGCGGUCUUGA